AAAGUUGAAGUCACUAAACCGACAUCGUUUUGGGAGUAAGCUGAGGCUUUCCUUUGAGAGCUACCUGCACGAACCCUCUUGAGUUUUCUCUACGCGACGGCGAUUGUGCGACUCGUCUCUCUGUGUCUCCGGGAUAAGUAAUUGCAGAUGGCUGAGCGAUUAUUACAAUCUAUGUCCAGGGUGGCUGGCCGUUGUCGUCCAGAUUGCGUAAAAGCAAGUAAUGAGCAAGAAGAUUACGAUGAGUCUCAAAAUGCAGCUUUGGUAGCCGUGAAUCUGAUUAGCUCUGCAAGGUUAGUGCUCAAACUCGACACUGAGUUUACUGAGUACUCUGCUCAGUUUUUGAUCGAUAACGCUGGAAAGGAGGACGAGCCGGGAGAAAUGGAUCAACAACGCACUCAGGUCACUACCGAAAACUGCCUUCGCUACUUGGCAGAAAACGUUUGGACCAAGAAGGAAGAAAUGGAUCAACAACGCUGUGUGCUCACUGUCAAGGACUGCCUUGAACUUGCUUUUAAAAAGGGGCUACCGAGAAGAGAACAUUGGGCACAUUUGGGAUGUACGUUCAAGGCUCCCCCAUUUGCUUGUCAAAUUCCUCGCGUUCCCGUGAAAGGAGAAGUGGUUGAGGCUAAGACUUUUGAUGAAGCAUUCAAGCUGUUGGUGCAUCAACCCAUUGGAGCAAAACUGCAUUUGUUCAGUCCGCAGAUUGAUACUGUUGGAGAGGGAAUUUACGAUGGCCCCGCGACAGCUAAAAAUGGAACACACUAUGUUGGACUUAGAGAUGUGCUUAUAGGUUCAGUGGAGAAAUUCGAGGGAGAUACUGUUGCUAUUGUGAAGAUAUCCUACAAGAAGAAGCUUUCAUUUGUCAAAGUGUCUCUGACCCGUAUGUUUCUCACAACACCACGUAAUGACACUCCGGGCAUAGGGCCAACAGGUCUGCUUGUUGACUUCUGUGUCCCGCGCUUAUCUAUCAAUUAAACAAGAGCUUAGAUCUUGGUAAGUAUCUGGAGCACUUUAUGCUAGUUGUGGAACUUGUUUGUGGUCCUUAAUUAAGAAUGUCGUAUGAGACUAUUUUAUGUAAGUUAAGUAUCUUGAAAACCAUAUCCUAGUUGUGGAACUUGUUUGUUUGUCCGACAUUAUGAUUGUCUUAAGAAAACUUUUAUCUAUAAGCUGAAGAAGUCUUUGAACUUGUUUAUCA